UUACCCGAUACUCCGGAGUCUCGUGAAGUGCUGUCUCUGCACGGGUAGUAGGGAGAGCUGGAGGUGGGUCGGGAGACUGGCUAUUCAGAACCGCCGCAGCGAGGAGCUCGUUUCCAUCGCGGCACCACGGCCCCCUCCUCAAGCCCCGAGCCCGGCGCGGCUGCUCGGGGGGCUCCUUCAGGCUCCUUGACGCCGCUCCAAGAGGCGCCUACCCAGGCAUCGCCUGGGCCUCUAGCCAGAGGACUGGCUCCCGGCUUCAGCACUCCCAGCCGCAGUAAGAAGUGCCCUUGUCGCCCUGCGCCCUGCCCCCCUCCCUGAGCCACAGAGACCCUGGUCCAGAGCGACAGCCUUGGACCUGGGAUUUCACGAAUCCAAAACGCUCAGUCCCGGUUCCCCACAAACGGGGCUUUGUAUCGUCUCCAUGUCACCCACUGUCUCACACAAGGACAGCAGUCGGCAGCGGCGACCAGGGACUUUUAACCACUCUCUGGAUAUGAAGAGCGGUCCUCUGCCGCCGGGCAGCUGGGAAGACAAUCAUCCGGACCCGGUGGGCAGGGAAGGGGACCAGGAAGCUCUUCUGAGUGAUACCAGCACUGGUGACUUUUCCAAAGCCCCACGGAGCUUUCGGGCCGAAAUAAGCAGCAUUUUGCUGCUGCUCUUCCUUUAUGUACUUCAGGGCAUUCCGUUGGGCUUGGCGGGAAGCAUCCCACUCAUUUUGCAGAGCAGAAAUGUUAGCUAUACUGACCAAGCUUUCUUCAGUUUUGUUUUUUGGCCGUUCAGUCUCAAAUUGCUCUGGGCACCGUUGGUUGAUGCGGUCUACUUUAAGAACUUCGGUCGUCGCAAAUCUUGGCUUGUCCCUACGCAGUAUGUACUAGGAUUCUUCAUGAUCUAUUUAUCUACACAAGUAGACCGUAUGCUAGGGAAUACGGAUGGCAGAACACCCGAUGUGGUUGCUCUCACUGUGACAUUCUUUUUGUUUGAAUUCCUGGCCGCCACUCAGGACAUCGCUGUGGAUGGUUGGGCGUUAACUAUGUUAUCCCGGGAAAAUGUGGGUUAUGCUUCUACAUGCAAUUCGGUGGGCCAGACAGCGGGCUACUUUUUGGGCAAUGUUUUGUUUUUGGCCCUUGAAUCUGCAGACUUUUGUAACAAAUAUUUGCGAUUUCAGCCUCAACCCGGGGGAAUCAUUACUCUUUCAGAUUUCCUUUUUUUCUGGGGAACUGUAUUUUUAGUAACAACGACAUUAGUUGCCCUUCUGAAAAAAGAAAACAAAGAAGUAUCAGUAGUAAAAGAAGAAACACAAGGAAUCACAGAUACUUACAAGCUUCUUUUUGCCAUUAUAAAAAUGCCAGCAGUUCUGACAUUUUGCCUUCUAAUUCUAACUGCAAAGAUUGGUUUUUCAGCAGCAGAUGCAGUAACAGGACUGAAAUUGAUAGAAGAGGGAGUACCCAAAGAACACUUAGCCUUAUUGGCAGUUCCAAUGGUUCCUUUGCAGAUAAUAUUGCCUCUGAUUAUCAGCAAAUACACUGCAGGUCCCCAGCCACUAAACAUAUUUUACAAAGCCAUGCCCUACAGAUUAUUGCUUGGAUUAGAAUAUGCCCUACUGGUUUGGUGGACUCCUAAAGUAGAACAUCAAGGGGGAUUCCCUAUAUACUACUAUAUUAUAGUGCUUCUGAGUUAUGCAUUACAUCAGGUUACAUUGUACAGUAUGUAUGUUUCUAUAAUGGCUUUCAAUGCAAAGGUUAGUGACCCACUUAUUGGAGGAACAUACAUGACUCUCUUAAAUACCGUGUCCAAUCUGGGAGGAAACUGGCCUUCUACAGUAGCUCUUUGGUUGGUAGACCCCCUCACAGUGAAAGAAUGUGUAGGAGCAUCAAACCAGAAUUGUCAAGCACCUGAUGCUGUUGAGCUUUGUAAAAAACUUGGUGGUUCGUGUGUUACAGCACUGGAUGGUUAUUAUGUGGAGUCCAUUAUUUGUGUUUUUAUUGGAUUUGGUUGGUGGUUCUUUCUUGGUCCAAAAUUUAAAAAGUUACAGGAUGAAGGAUCAUCUUCAUGGAAGUGCAGAAGGAGCAAUUAAUGCAUAUACUACCUGACAUUCUAGAAAGGUAACUAGUUUAGUUUUAAUUCAGAGAUCUAUGAUAAUCAGUGCAUAGGAGUAUAAAAUAUUUUAAACAAGGAGAUUAUUAAUAAAAAAUGCCAAAUGACUGAAAAAUAGAGACCUCUGUACAUUUGAUCAUAUUUUUCCUUGCCUUGCCCAUGUAUUUAAAGUUUACUUAAGGUCAGGAAAUUGUUUCUAAAACAACUUUUCUGGCCUUGUUAUUUGAUUUAUAUCUUUUUAACUUACUGACCAAAGCAUGUUUUAAGCUGCAAUGCAGUAGUCAUUGGUGGUAACCAUGCAGUCAAGUAUUGUUAUCAGUACCUAUAAUUAAGCUGUAUUUAAAAUUUUUGUACAGUAUAUUAAAUGGUAGAGAGCUUGAUAUUCAGGUACUAACUACAGAUAGGCUGACCUUGUUGGCAGUUAAAAUCUUAUUUUGAAUUGUAAAUUGGUUAAAUUUUAUGUGGAAUUUGCUGAAAAGAGAAUGCAGACUACUGAAAUGUCAUUUUAGUUGUUUUUCUGACCAUAACCACAUUGAAUCUGUUUUUAAAAGACUAUUUUAAAUGUAUUUCCUAAAAAUAAAAAAUAAAAAAUAAAUGUAUUUCCUGCUUUUGUAAGUAUUAAAGAUUUAUAAGAAGAUUAUUCAAACUAUUUUUUAUAAAAUGAAAGCUGUGAUUUUUAAUUUAUUGACUUCCCCCACCCUACCUCCUUUUUUCUGGAAGAUAUUUUGAUUCCUUGUUAACUUUUAUUACCUUAAAGCUUACCUUUGGUUUUUGUCACAAGUGCUUCAUAGCACACAGACAGCUAACGAAGGGAUCAAAUUUAGUACUGUAUGUAUGUUCAUGGAAAAGUUUUGAAAAUAAAAAUUAAAUUUUAUUCUUCAA